AUGUAUCGCAUCCUGCGUGGGUUUGAAAAGCUGGAGGCCAUUGACGAUUUUUUCAGAGAAUCACACCUUUCGAAGAGCCAGUUACUAGUCAAUGUUUCCGGCGUCGACGAAGCAUCGGACGGUAACGAAAUCGUCGUUAAAGCGAAGUGCAUUUCGGAAGAAGUGAAGGACAGCGUGGUUUAUAACGUCCGGUUCGAGAGGGACUGUAAAGAGGUUCUGAACGGCAUUUUCGACAACGUAGUAACGGGAGAGCAAAAGGAGAAUCUAUUUGAUCUCCUAAAGGUCAUGAGAGGGACACGCACGGUGUUCCAUUAUAGCAUUCUAACAAAAAUGCCAGGGGGUAGCUUCAUGGCGGGUCUCUUGGAGAACAUAAAAGAACGGACGCCUCUGUUCGCACCCCGGCCAGUGAUUCCUCGGGAAACAACCUUGCACCUGUGCAGCUUCUGUCCGUGCUCGUCCAAGCUGAAGGCGAACGUGGUGGCGCACGAGAGAACUCACACGGGCGAGAGGCCCUUCAAGUGCCGCUUCUGCUCUUACGCCGCCGCGAUGAAGGACACCCUGAGGUUGCACGAGAGGAGACACACGGGGGAGAGGCCCUUCAACUGUACCCUCUGUCCUUACGCAGCCAUGAAGAAGCAGCACCUGACCAGUCACAUGGAACACAGACAUAAGAUGGUGGUCAAGAGGAAACGUUAG